UCCAUAGUUGGGUUUAUGCGUGCUUUUGCCAAAUUUAAUUUUGAGAAUAUGGUAGAACGAGGAUCUUCAAAUUUCAGUCUCCUUAGGUAAUCGUCUCUUUAUCUGUAUUCAAAUUUACUUUACUCCUUGAAGAAAUUAGCUUCAUUUUCUUGAUUUCCCCAUGAAUUUAACGCAGAAAUCAAUCAAAUCUACUUGUUCAAAUGUAGAAUUACUUAUUAAUUUCAAUAAUCGACUGAAUUUUUCAUCAUUGUCAUCGUCAAAUUGUCUCCAAAUUCUAACAGAUUACAAUGGGUCUGCAAGACCCAUUUCAAACCCUCUACAUAACUUUCUACCUAAAACCCAAAACCCCCAAAACACAGUGAGUCUGAUAUGUUCAGCUUUAAAGAAUGGAAACAAUGACCAUUUGUCCCUCCUUCAGAAAACCAUCCGAGAUAAUGGGCUUAUUUGUUACUUCAGUGACAGUGAAAUCUCAAGGGUCCUGUUGAGAUGCCAGUCUGAUUCAUUUAGUGCUCUUAGUUUCUUUAACUGGGUUAAGAAUGAUUUGGGUGUGGAGCCUAACACUCAAAACUACUGUCUUGUGAUUCAUAUACUUACUUGGACAAGGAACUUUUCACAAGCAAUGAAAUUUUUGUCUGAAUUGGUUGAUUUGAAGAGAAAUGGAAUGGAGGAUGUGGAUGUGUUUGAAAGUUUGCUUUCAUCUAGUGGUUUAUGUAAUUGGGACCCUGUUGUGUUUGAUAUGCUAAUUAAGGCUUUUCUCAAGGUGAAUAUGGUGAAAGAUGGAUUUAGAGCGUUUAGAAAGACGGUGAAGCAUGGUAUGUACCCGAGUGUUAUUUCUGUGAACUGUCUUUUGAAUGGUCUUUCGAAGUUGAAUUAUAGCAAAAAAUGUUGGGAAGUUUAUGCUGAAAUGGGAAGAAUUGGAGUGCACCCGAAUUCGUGUACCUUCAAUAUAUUAACUCAUGUAUUGUGCAAAGAUGAAGAUGUGAACAAGGUCAAUGACUUCUUGGUUAAAAUGGAAGAAGAAGGGUUUCAACCUGAUAUAGUUACGUAUAAUACAUUAGUUAGUAGCUAUUGUAGGAAAGGAAGAAUGAAAGAUGCAGUUCACUUGUAUCAAAUUAUGUACAUUAGAGGCGUAUCACCAGAUUUGUUCACAUAUACUUCUUUGAUAAAUGGCUUUUGUAAAAAGGGAAAUGUGAAGGAUGCUCAUCAGUUGUUUUUAAGGAUGGCUGACCGAGGGUUAAAACCAGAUAUUAUUGUGUAUAACACUCUUAUUUCUGGUUAUUGCAAAGAUGGGAUGAUGCAAGAGGCACGUUCUCUGUUGCAUGACAUGAUUGGAGAAGGGAUGUAUCCUGAUAAGUUCACUUGUUCAGUUCUUGUACAAGGAUUUCAAAAACAGGAUAAUUUGGUUUCAGCUGUGAAUUUAGUCACCGAGCUUCAAAGAUUUAGAUUUAUAGUAUCUCAUGAUAUAUACAAUUAUCUUAUUACUGCACUUUGUAUUGAGAAUCGACCAUUUGCAGCCAAAGCUCUAAUUCAUCGAGUUUCUGGCGACAGAUAUGAGCCUGGCAAUAUGGUGUACGGGGAGUUGAUUGAAUCUUUCUGCAGAUGUAAUUUCCCCGAUGAGGCUUUAUGCUUGAAAGCAGAGAUGGUAUCAAAAGAUUUGAAGCCUGAUAUUGGUACAUAUAGAGCUAUAAUUAAAUGUUUGUGUAAAUUAGGCCGAAGCAUGGAUGCUAACUCCUUGAUGAGAGAAAUGACUGAUUUUGAUGUGUCACUUGAUAUUGAAGUCUGUAGAGCUUUAAUAAAUGGUCAUUGCAGGGAGAACAAUUUCUGUGAGGCUCAGUCGCUGUUAAGCUUCUUUGCUCAAGAAUUUAAAAUAUUUGACACAGUUUGUUACAACACAAUUGUCAGGCUUCUAAGUGGUGAAGCUGAUAUUGCAAAAUUGAUGAAAUUUCAAGAUAAAAUGAGGAAAGUGGGUUUUGCGCCAAAUCAGCUGACAUGCAAGUACAUUAUUGAUGGAUUACAGAAAGCUGUCGGAGUUCACAAGAUCAACAGCUGAGUGCAGUAAUGAGUUCAGUCUUUGGUGGCAAUGAUUUUCUUCGUUAAGAUGUCAUUGCUGCAGUGGAUCUCUAAUGACUUUAGCUUCUUUACUGAAAGGUGCUUGGAUUCACACAUCUUGAGAUUGGAAAUGGAGGUUCUUGAUCUUGACGUUUCAGAAAUAGAGGAUCAAUCACUUCAGGGUACAGGAUUGUGAAAUAUGAAGCUAUACUACUUGGAGAGGGAUUGACAUUGGUUUCUGUUAGAGUUGAACGUAAGAUCCUCAGUACUAGAGCCACAGAUCAAGUUUGAAUUAUAUGCUCACUGGUUCUUUGUGUAUUGUAUUCAGCUGUAUUAUGGUCCCUUCAUGGCUGACCUAAAUUUGGAAUUGUAAGUGGAUGGCUAAAGAAGGUGUCAAUGCUCAAAGGUCUGAUCCUGCUUCCAUAGUAUUGGAGGUCACCUGUAUUUUCCAGUUAAUUGUGAAGAUUUCUGUUAAUAUCAAAAGCACCGGCCUUUGCUGCUAUGUUUUGGUUUUAAUACAUGGGAGGAAACAAUGAAAAGCUUCUUCAGAUUUAAAGUUGGUUUUGACAUGCAGAUGCACAUCUGGGUUGGUAGAACUUCCUUUAAGAUUUUUCGUUGUCAAGGAUCUCAUUCAACCACUCUAUCUUCACAAGGUAGGUUAAGGCUGCAUAGACCCGACCUGUGGGAUUACACCGGAUAUAUUGUUGUAGGGAUCUCAUCUCAUAACAAGACCUUGUACCCUGCUGUUCAAGAGUUUAUACAUUGUUGAAGCUGAUGCAUCUGUCUGCUUAUAUAAGAUGCUUCUGUUAUCCUUUCAUAUCUCUGCUCUUAACCUAUCACAAAUUUGCUUUCGCUUUGUCUAUACUUUUUAUAUUCUUUAUUACAUUCUUUUAUAGAAUACUAUGGAAGCAAAGAAACCUCAGGUGUCAUGAGAAUAUUCCUAACACUAUUCAGAAGGUUAAAGAAAAUUGCAUUAGCAUGUUGUAUUUUUGGUGUAAAGAAGAUGGUAUAGAAGAAGUAGAACAAUUGGUAGAUCUUCGGGAUCUAUGUAAUUAUGGAAAUAGCUGGUAACUUUUUGGAGGCAGCCAACAUACACAUAAUGCCGAAGAAUACAACUUUAUCUUUAUCAAAAUAAUUAAUAAAAAAUCUAUGAAUGCAAUAUUAAUUAGUUGGGACUGGCCUAGUUGUCUUUGUUAAACUUAGAUUAGGCCUGGACAUGGAUAAUUGUAAGACUUAGAGAUCCACAAGCUUUAUGAAACCCCAAAUUUGUGUUAAAAGACAAAACAUUAGAGUCUUCUAACUCUUGUUAUUACUGAUGUAAGGUUGAAACUGGUUCCUGAUAAAGGUAUAUAGAGGAUUCGUAGCCUACCCUAUCUAGGUUGUGGUUGAAGCAUAGUAGCUUGAUUGAUUUGCCUUCUUUCUCUUUUCAAUCCAAGAUACAAUUUGAUCCGUCUUCUGGUCUUUUUGCCUCAUCCUUUUACUUGGUCUUCCUUAUUUUCAGAAACUACUGUACCUCAAGAAUUUACUCCAACUAUGACUAACUUCAGGAUAUUUGAGAUUUGGGCCUUAUCACUGCUAUUGCACUUCUUGUUAAAGGUUGAUACUUUGUAUGCUAACCCACUUAAAGGCAUACUCUAUUUCUACAGGCAUCCAUAGCUGCAUCUGUGCUGUAUAAACCACAUUAGGGGUGUGUCAUCAGGUUGUCAUUUGUUUCUGUCAGCCAUUCAUGUUGAUGGUCUUACCUGUUGAUGGAAAAUCUGCCAAAGCCCUUGGUCAACUGAGUUCUUAAAUUGGGCUAGGGGGUUCAAGUGGAAUAAGUGGAUGACCCCUUAGCUCUCGCUUGAGUGAAUGUAAUCGUUUACUUUAAUGACACAAGUGUUCUCAAGAUACUUAAGUAGUAAGUUCUAUCAGUUACUAUUUGUCGAAGCCCAUCUUACAUAGACUUUUUUUGAAACUGGUAACAUGACCCAUCUUACAUAAACUUUUCAUUUGCUUUGAUAUAUUAUGUGUCAAACAGGUUUUACGUGUGUAUUGGUACUUCAUAAAGACCCUUCAAAAUAUACUAAAAGUUGAACUUAUGCAACCAAAUACUUACCUGGUACAUACUUGUAUUCAAGUUCAGCAACAUAGGUUGAAGCGUAAGUUUUUUAAUGUUUAGUCCCUAGUUUAUGGAACAGGACAACAACAAAUGCACUUCACAAAAUGUAUAUCCUAACUUGUGGGCUGUAUCAAGCAGUACAAUAAACCUUAAAAGGUAGUCUCUUACAACUUUCAAGCAUACUGACAAUUUUUUUUAUUAUCUGAGCACAAGAAAUAUUACUCGGAAAUUUUUAGAAGAAAAGGUGAUAAUUAAGUAAUAACUUCACGAAAAUAUUUGUAACAGACUUUUGUAUUCAUCAUUAUGGGGUCUAACCUUCUGUUUACACUCAUUUAUGGGAGUGAUAAUAGUAGCUGCAUCCUUGGAACAUGGUUAAGUCCGAGACUCAUUCAUCAGAUCAAGCUAGAUCUCCUUAUGUUAAAAUCUAUAAAAUUCAAACAAUUGACUUCCUGAACAUGAUUGUGGUCUUUGGCAGACUGUUCUUAAAGUUAUGAGAAUCUAAAAGUGUCUCAAUUUUUAAUCAAAUCAUACAAGCCUAUUGCCUUUGAUAAGUGUUUGGUCUGACAGUAGCAGAAGUUAGGCAGUAAAAGUUUGAGGAUAAUUGAUAAGUCAUUGGGUUUAUCCAUUCCAACAGAAAGAAGUUAGAAUUAAACAGAAAAUGAAUGUUGACGGAAUCAGUUUAAAUAGUUGCAUUUCUAUGAAAUUACUUUUGCUCGUCACAUUUCUAUGGAGUUGUUAUUCCAAAGUAUUCAGUGUUCAGCUGUUCAUUUUGGGUUUUCAAGACAGGUAAAUCGCUUCUGUUUCUUCUGAACGCGCAUAGUAGUUAGUAGUUAGUACUACAACAGCUGUCGAUGUUAGAGUGCUUAAUAGUUCUGGAAUUUGUUCAACAAUCUAGUUUUAUGAGAAUUAGAGUCUUUUAAUAUUGUUUAGAGGGAGAAAUAUGACAAAAAAUUGUCCCUCUAUUUAGUAGGGUAAUUUUGUUGAGGUUUGACUAUCUUUGCUUUAGGGACCUGAAGUUAAAGACAUUCCUGCUAUAUGGUGUGGGGCUAGAAAUGGGAGCUCGGAAUUACAUAAUUCCAACCACCUCAGUUGCUCACUAGUCACCAUCACCUAAAGGCUGAAGGAAACCAUCAUUGGGAUUAUCUCUCUAGGUAACUAAAAGAGCAGCUUCCAGAAAAGAAAUUAAUCAUAUUCUUGAGAGUACAACUUUAGCCCAAGUAGGGGCUUGCACAAUUUGCAUUAUUUUCUUUUUGUGCGUGAGUUAGCCCUUAUAUUAACUGCACGAUGAACAUCAAUGGUUAAGGAUACAUUAAAUAGAAAAUGAGUAUGGUUUGAGUUAGACGUAGCAACUGAAUAGAGAGAUGUAUAAAUUGUUUUCUUAAUGCUUAAAUUUGGAAUUAUAUUUGUGCACAUAAAGUGGUUGCUAGACCAAUUAUUUUGUAUGGGGCAGAGUGUUGGUUGGUCAAGAACUCGCACGUUAGAAGAUGAAAGUAGCGGAAAUUAGGAUGUUGAGAUGGAUAAGUGGACAUACUAGGAGAGGUAGGAUUAGGAAUAAGAUAUCUGGGACAAGGUGAAUUGUGGUGGAAAAGAUGAGAGAGGCUAGAUUGAGUUGGUUCGGGCAUGUAAAUAGGAGAUGUCCCAGUGAGAAGAUGAGAUGUUGGCUAUGGUGGGUCUUAGGAGAGGUAAAGAUAGACCGAAUAAGUAUUUGAGAGAGGUGAUUCGACAAGCCAUGACACACAUGUAGCUUAUCAAGGACAUGACCCAAGAUAGGAGGAUAUGGAGGUCAAGAAUUUGGGUGAAAGGUUAAUAGGUAGUCGAGCUUGUCGAGUUCUCUUUAUUUGUACUGUCCUAUUACCUUUUUCUUCGAUUUUAAUUUUUACCUAUUGUGUCUUCUGCUUCGUUUAUCGUACUAUUUGUAGUUGAUGCUACUUUUCUGCAUUAUUUUCUAUAUAGUUUGUUCACUACUAUACUUUCUUUUCUUUACUUUACUUUACUUGAGCCGAGGGUCUAUCAAAGACCACCUCUCUAUCUUCACAAGGUAAGGGUAAGGCUGCAUACACAUUACCCUCCCCAGAUCCCAUGGAUACUUCAGCGUGUAUGUUGUUGUAAAUUGACAUGAUGUUUACUCCGUGCAUUAUAAGAGGAACUAGGACAAACCAAAGACAAGAAAAAAUGCAUUUAAGUGCUUCUUUAAGUUGUACAUCAGAUUUGUAUGGUAUCCUAAGAAUUAGAGGAAUUGAGGGCCCAAAAGGUUCUUGCUUUGAAAAGGGCUCUUAGUGCACUAAAUUGAGAUAUAAGAUUGGGACAAGUGCCAACUAGAGUGACAAAACAAAUCUCUUUUGUAUAUAUUUUGUUUUGUGUGUUUUAAAUUCAAAUUGAUUUGUUUAUUCUUUUUUGUUGAUGAGAUGAGGAAGGGGGCUUGAACCAGCAGGCAUAAACACAGUCUUUCAACCGUUAGAGGGAAGAAUGGGGACAAGACAUCCUAAUGGGACAUGGAAAUCUAUACAGCAAUCAAGUGUUUGUUGUGGCAACUGGCAAGUACCUUGUUGCUUCUUCAUUCUUGUUGUUGGUCUAAUGAAGGGUGCAUGCAUGCAGACAAGUAUACUGCGUACACAGUGAAAGAGAGAGCUGGAAAGGGUUGGUGAGGAUAGUAAAUGUGAAAGGUGAUUUCUGAUUCUAGAAAAUACGAAUUGGUAACACCGAAAAUUGAGAGGCCUGGUAAAUAUUGUCCUCUCUCCUUUGAAAUGCGUUGUCAGGAGUGAAAACCAUGCUUACCAGCAUCUCUUUUGUGUUUUGGCUAUGUGGAACUCUUGUUCUAAGCUAGAGUGUCAUCUCUGCCAGAGCGAUAUGUACUCGAAAUUAUACUGUGUAGCUAGGAUUCAUAUUCGGGGGUUUCGAAAUCGAGACAUACUUCUGAUUAAGGAUGAAAUAGUCUCGUCAUUUCAUUGUCUACGGUGAAACAUAAAAGUUUCAACUUGGUAUUAAUUUUUUUUUUGAUAAAAAAGGGCACGGAAAUGCCGUGUGUGGGCAUUGAAAGCUAAAUUUAAGCAAUGUCUGAAGAGACAAGUUGCAGAUCUUUCUUUGUUGGGGCCCUAUCACACUAUGCUUCUCUCAUCUUCUUUCCAUCUCCAACAUUAAAUUUACUUCCUACCUUAUUUACAAUACAAAAUUUGUCGCUUUGCAUUUAAAACUCACAAAAACUCCUCUUUAUCUAGGGGCGGAUCUAGAGUGUGUUGACUUACUAUUACUAUCACAUGAAUUGUAAUUUGUUUUAAAAAUUCAUUAGUAAUGAAUUACCUUCUUUAUCUCGUA